AGCCGAGCCGAGCCGGAGCUUCGGCAAGAGCGGCCUCUCCCGUAGAAGGGCGGGCGGGCAAGGCAGGCAGGCAGGCAGGCUAAGCCAGCAACAAGUGCGCAGGGAGGCAGGCGAGGCGAGGGAGGGCGAAAGCUGACGUCAGCGAGCGGAGUAUUAUGGUCUGGGCUGGGCUGGCUCCUGCCGCUGCCGCCGCCGCCGCUUUUCUGCUGCCAGCGGCCGAGUAAACAUGGAGCUCUCCGCCGUGGGCGAGAGGGUCUUCGCGGCCGAGGCCUUGCUCAAGAGACGCAUCCGGAAAGGUCGUAUGGAAUAUCUGGUGAAAUGGAAAGGCUGGUCUCAGAAGUACAGCACCUGGGAACCUGAGGAAAACAUCCUAGAUGCCCGCCUGCUUGCUGCUUUUGAGGAAAGGGAAAGAGAAAUGGAACUUUAUGGUCCUAAGAAACGUGGCCCCAAACCCAAAACCUUCCUUUUAAAGGCCCAGGCCAAAGCCAAAGCCAAAACAUAUGAAUUCCGUAGUGACUCUGCUAGGGGCCUCAGGGUACCUUAUCCUGGACGAUCUCCCCAGGAACUUGGCUCUACUUCCCGGGCUAGAGAAGGACUGAGACAGAUUCCACUGCCCCCUCAAAGCAGCUCCACCACCUCUACCCCCAGCAUGCCUCGAAUGGAGCCCAUCCAGGAAAACAGGGUGGGGUCAGAGGAAGACCAUUCUGAAGGCGCCUUCAAAAAGCGAGGUCCAAAGCCCAGGAAAGACCUGCCUGAAAUGGCAGAGGUUGCCUCAAAGCGGAAAUCAAUGGAGCCUGGCGACAAGAUGGUGGUGGACUACCUAAAAGCCAGAAAAUUGGAAGAGACAGCUAACUCUGGGACAGCAAAAUUCAGUUCGGGACACAGUGUGAUCCAGUUAGCCCGGAGACGAGAGCCUGAGUUACCCAGUGUUGUUCCCAACCCAAGGGCAGAGACUGGCAUGAAACUGGGUGCACCUGAGACUUACCCUCCUAGACUGACCAAGCACAGGGCGGAUUUCCUGGAUUCCAAAGGACAAAGUGGUUUGGACUUGGGGGCUUCUAAGAUCUUGCACAGCUCUGCAAACCAAGGCAGCUUAUAUCGAGAUGGCAUAGGGACGCAGGCUGGCAGGCCUUCCCUCAUCGCCCGCAUCCCUGUCUCCCGGAUCCUGGGUGACCCAGAAGAAGAGCCCUGGAGCCCAUCUUUCAACAAUUUGGAGAAAGUAGUAGUGACUGACGUGACAUCCAAUUUCUUGACAGUGACCAUCAAGGAGAGCAGCACAGACCAAGGAUUCUUUAAAGAAAAGCGGUGAAUUCCUUCAGAGAAAAGAAGGCAUUGAAAGGCUUUGGAUAGAGGUCGGCUGAAUUG